UUUCUCUACAUUGCCAUCUCUCAAAUCACCUUCUUACCGAAGAUCAGCUUCAUUGGCCUUGCAACAGGUUCAAUACCUCUAGCACAUCUCUCAAGAAGCAUGAAGAAAAACAUCAUGAUUUUCCUAUCCCUCGCCAUCCACGCAGGCGCAAAGUGCAUACCCAUCUACACAUGCGUGGACCCCGCUGAUCUCCAUUGUCAACCCGGCAAAGGUAGUAGAUGUAAUUGGCACCGGAAUAUAGACGAUACGGGCAGUCCAUGUCCGACGAAGCGUUGGAAGUGUUUUGAUGGAGAAUGCCAUAAUAUCAUAGAAAUGCUGAAUGGGGAGAAAAUCGCCAAGACUUGUUAUGUCAUGUGCUGCGAGAAUGAGUCGGAUUCUGAGACUCUGUAA